UUGUCUUGGCCCAAAAGGCCGAGAAUGGAGUACCACAACGCGAGUAAUUUUCUUGGCAAUGUGUCCAGUGUGCUGCGUCCGGAUGCGCGACUAUCCGCGGAGUCGCGUCUGCUGGGCUGGAAUGUGCCGCCGGAUGAACUGCGUCACAUACCCGAACACUGGCUGUCAUAUCCGGAGCCGCCGGAGUCAAUGAACUAUCUGCUGGGCACGCUCUACAUCUUCUUUACGGUCAUCUCGAUGCUUGGCAAUGGCCUCGUCAUCUGGGUCUUCUCCGCGGCCAAGUCGCUAAGGACACCAUCGAACAUUCUCGUGAUCAAUCUGGCCUUCUGUGACUUCAUGAUGAUGAUCAAGACGCCCAUUUUCAUCUACAACAGCUUCAAUCAGGGCUAUGCCCUGGGACACCUGGGCUGUCAGAUCUUCGGCAUCAUUGGCUCGUACACGGGCAUAGCGGCGGGUGCGACGAACGCCUUCAUCGCCUACGAUCGCUACAAUGUGAUCACACGGCCCAUGGAGGGCAAGAUGACGCACGGCAAGGCCAUUGCCAUGAUCAUAUUCAUCUAUCUGUAUGCGACGCCCUGGGUGGUGGCCUGCUACACGGAAACCUGGGGCCGUUUCGUGCCCGAGGGAUAUCUCACGUCGUGCACCUUCGACUAUCUGACGGAUAACUUCGAUACGCGUCUCUUUGUGGCGUGCAUAUUCUUCUUCAGCUUCGUCUGCCCCACCACCAUGAUCACGUACUACUACUCCCAGAUUGUGGGCCAUGUCUUCAGCCACGAGAAGGCGCUGCGCGAUCAGGCCAAGAAGAUGAAUGUCGAUUCGCUGCGCUCGAAUGUGGACAAGAGCAAGGAGACAGCUGAAAUUCGCAUUGCCAAAGCGGCCAUCACCAUUUGUUUCCUGUUCUUUGUGUCGUGGACGCCAUACGGCGUAAUGUCGCUCAUUGGUGCCUUCGGGGACAAGAGUCUGCUCACACCCGGCGCCACAAUGAUACCCGCCUGCACCUGCAAAAUGGUGGCCUGCGUCGAUCCCUUUGUGUAUGCCAUCAGUCAUCCCAGAUACCGCAUGGAGCUGCAGAAGCGCUGCCCCUGGCUGGCCAUCAGCGAGAAGGCCCCAGAAUCAGCGUCCGCUGUCUCCACCAGCACCACCCAGGAGCAGCAGCAGCAGCAGCAGCAACAGCAAACGACGGCCGCCUAAAACCAAACAUGACAAUGAUGAUGAACUGCAUGACCACCCCACCCAACCCCCGUUGACGGAACACGAGCUCGUAAUACAAAAUGCCAUGGUACAGAAAAUUCUAUAAAAAUUCAAAGUCUUUGUGCUGAACAAAUGUGUGUGAAAUAUUUUAUGAUUAUGAUUUGUAGCUAUUGUUUUUGUUGGGUGUUAAAUAAUCAAAUAAAUAGUGAAUUAUUGCAAGUAAAAA